AAAGUUUCAAAGUUGUUGUAGACAAUUUAUAUUGUUGGCUUGAUUACAAAUGAUAUGGCUGUUUGUUUUCUAUCCCAAUGGCUCCCAUAGUAAACAAUCUCUCCAUUGUACUCUUCAUAUUCGUUUCCUUCUUGCCCUCAUCUCUCUCUACAAUCCUAAAAUAUCCGGCAAUCAUCAACUUAGGGGACUCGAAUUCCGACACGGGCAAUCUCAUAUCCGCCGGGAUUGAAAAUGUUAAUCCUCCCUAUGGCCAAACUUACUUCAACCUUCCCUCGGGAAGAUAUUGUGAUGGCCGUCUUAUUGUAGAUUUCCUAUGAAGGAGAUAUGAAAAGUACUUACCACCACUUGAUUAUUAUUCAAAAGGACUAUACAUGAUUGACAUAGGCCAAAAUGAUAUAGCUGGUGCCUUCUACUCCAAGUCUCUUGACCAAGUUCUUGCCUCUAUUCCUUCCAUUCUUGAAACUUUUGAAGUUGGACUCAGGAGGCUGUAUGAUGAAGGUGGCAGAAACUUUUGGAUACACAACACAGGGCCUUUGGGAUGUUUGGCUCAAAAUAUUGCCAAGUUUGGGACAGAUCCAACAAAGCUUGGUGAGUUUGGUUGUGUUAGUUCCCAUAACCAAGCAGCCAAACUAUUCAACCUUCAACUACAUGCUCUGUCCAAAAAAAUUCAAGCCCAGUUCCCUGAUUCAAAUGUUACCUACGUUGAUAUCUUCUCUAUCAAAUCUAACCUCAUCGCUAAUUAUUCCCGAUUUGGUUUUGAAAAUCCGUUAAUGGCGUGUUGUGGAGUCGGAGGGGCGCCCUUAAACUACGAUAGCCGCAUUACAUGUGGCCAAACUAAAGUCAUUGAUGGGAUAUCAGUAACGGCCAAAGCUUGCAACGACAGUUCCGAGUACAUAAACUGGGAUGGAAUUCACUAUACCGAAGCCGCAAACAACUUCGUGUCAUCGCAAAUAUUAACCGGGAAGUAUUCCGAUCCACCGUUUUCAGACCAAAUGCCAUUUUUUCUAAGUUUAAAAUUUUAGAAAAUGCUGUUGGUUUCAUUCAUCCUUUAGUUUUCUGUCAUUAUUUACUUUAUAUUGCUCAAAUGAACCAAUAUAUGAAGAAACCGUAACAAAAUAACCUGAGUUCUGACCUGAUCGGUUUGGUUUA